UUGAUGUAGGUUGCUGAAUUGAUUCCCUGCCUUUUAUAGCUAUACUAGUUAAAUACACUGCUUCGUUAGUACUAUGUCGUUCAGUUUCAAUUUCGACGUGCAGUUAACGACAAAGGGGCAACAAGGUGAAGAAAGUAAACCACAAACUGGAAAGCAGGAUUAUGCAGUCAAACCUGUGCCCGGCAACAACAACACCACCACUCCAGCAGAAACUGUCAAAGCAGCUGUUGAACACCACCCCCCUGCAGAUCCCCACUUUCUCCUCAACGAUGCUGUCUCUGAGACUGUUACCAUAGGAACGCUUCCACCCCUCCACUUCCUGAAUGAGUCUGUGUUCGAGCGGACGGCCAGCGAGCGAGAUGACAACGAGAGGAUCCUGUCGCGGACCGCCGCCCAGAGCUCGGACCUCAUCUCCGGGGUGUACGAGGGAGGGUUGAAGGUGUGGGAGUGUACCUAUGACCUCCUGGAGCUGCUAGAGAGGGAGGGGGAGACGUUCGGUGGGAAGAUGGUUCUGGAUUUGGGCUGUGGUGCUGGACUGCUGGGCCUACUGGCGCUAAAGCGCGGAGCAAGUCAGGUCCAUUUCCAGGACUAUAAUAGUACUGUUAUAGAACAGCUCACACUGCCUAACGCACUGCUCAACUGUCAGGUGGAAGGAGAGGAGGAGGAAGAAGUGAAGGGGAGGAAGGGAAAGAAACGGGGGCUGCAGGAGGAGGACGAUGAGACAAUUAUAGAAGAGGAAAAGAUGAAAAAGGAUGAAGAGGCGAAGUCCGAUGAGGAGAAGAAGAAUGAACAGAAAAAAGAGGGAGAGGAUGGCAGCCCGUCGCCCAAGAGGCAAGCCCUGGACCCAUCCCAGCAUACGAAGCUGACCUGCUGUCGUUUCUUCUCGGGCGACUGGACAACGUUCCUAGCGCUGGUCCUCAAGGAAGACCUGUUCCCUAAAUAUGACAUCAUCUUCACCUCAGAGACCAUCUACAACACGGCGUACUACUCAGCUCUUCACGACACCCUCCACAGACUGUUGGCCCCGAGGGGAGUGGUCUACCUGGCCACCAAGGCCCACUACUUUGGGGUGGGGGGUGGGCUGCACCUAUUUGAACAGUUUAUAGAGGACAAGGGAGUGUUUGAUAUGGAGAAACUGUGGGACGUGGACCAGGGGCUACAGAGACAUGUUGUGGCCAUGCACUUCAAAACAACAAUCAAGUCUUGACUUUUUACUUUGUGUAGUUUCAAAUUAAUUUCUACUCAAUGCACCUGGAACUUCUAUGCUACCUACGGUGUGCUAACUUCAAUCAGUUUCAAAUAAACGUUUUCCUAUAAAGAUCACCCGGGUGUCAAUUGUGACAAAGAAACAGGACUUGCACAUAAUUAAAAUGACCGUAUGUUUGACAGAUAAUGAAAAGACAUAUAGAAUAUUUAAGACUUACUGUAGGUAUGUCAGUCUGGCUUUUUUAUUUUUUUCUUGGUGGUAAAACCUUGUAUGUCAAAUACUGGAGAUGUGCUUCACGAAAAGAUGGCAGAUGGAGGAGUUUGAAUAUUCGCCAGUUGAAGAGGACAACAGGAUAGCUGCACUGAUGGAGGGAAAGAGGCAGAAGUCUGAUAGAGGAGAUGAGCAGAUAUUCCAUUACUGUGGCACUAUUCCAUUGUUUCCAUUGUAGUGUGCAAACUAGGCCAAUAUCAAGCAUACCUCAAGUAUUUCAAAGUAUUUUGGCAAGUGUAUUUGGUGCAGGUCGGUUUUUAACAGGACAUUGCUUCUUGUGUUCUACAUACUGUAGAAGUUUCUGUACAGUACUUAAUGUUAACGUGAAAAUGUCUUCAACUCAGUUUCCAUUUGUUAUGUGUAUGUUUGUGAAAUACACUAUAAAGAAAAGCUGAGUUUGUAUUAA